AUGGACCUCGUCCCAUAUAUGUUCUAUGAGAAGCAGGAGCCGGGAUCACAACUCUGUGCCCAGCAUUGCUUAAACAACCUUCUCCAACAACACAGCUUUGAUGAGUUUGGAUUAGCUGACGUUGCCAAAGAGCUGGACGAGGCGGAAAAUGCAAAGCUCAGCGUCGAUUACCGAAACAAAAAGUCGUACAAUUUUGACGACUCUGGCUACUUUUCUAUAUCAGUUCUGGAGAGGGCGCUCGACGUGUUCGACUUGGCCAUGGUGAGAUGGAGAGGAGAAGCAAUGAAGGCUUAUCAGGAACAUCCCGAACAACAAGUCGGGUUUAUCUUGAACCUCGCCUCCCACUGGUUCCCCCUCCGCCGAUUUGCUCCCAAUCCUCCCCACGCGGUUGCCAUUAAGCGCUGGUACAACCUCAAUUCGUUCCUACCCAAUGGUCCUGAAUGGAUUUCGCCAACGUAUCUUCGGAUGGUGCUUACACAAGCCGAAGAGGAAGGCUACUCUGUGUUUGUGAUCCGCAAGAACAGUCCAGGAGGUCAAGAUUCUGAAGAGCCUCUCACGGGCGAAGGUGCCGGCUGGGCGGAUGGAGGUAUCGGAGUCUUGCCCGAGUGCUUGGCCGACACGAUGGCUGUCACCCUUGGCGAGCCCGUGGGCCGCUCUGGCCCCUCCAGCGGGCGUUCCGGUACCAUUCGCACAGGCGGUACUGACUCUAAUCAAGUCAACGGUGACCCCAACGUCCAGCCCUCAGCUGGACCGUCUUCUCCCCCGGCUCGGGGAUCUGGCAGGCGCCGCCGUCAGCCCGACCUUUCCUCCGAUGGUAUCGAGCCAAUCGAUGACCCCUUCUCCGCUCCCCCUCCUGCUUCUCGCUCUCGCCAGACGUCCUCGCGGUCCCAGACUGUACAAGGAGAUGGAGACCUAUUUGAUAACGUCCACGGCGUCCUCCAAGAGCCCACCAACGCCAGACCGGACCCCAUCAGUAUCGACGAUAGCGACGAGCAAGAAGAUGAAGACGAGGAACUCGACGAUGAUUUCGAGAUGCUCGGGGCGGGCGGGGCGGGGACCUACAGGGGUCCGACAGACUUCCAGCAGCAUGCGAGGAGUUAUGAUGACGAGGACGCGGCGCUGCAAGCGGCGCUGAAGGCCAGUAUGGCGGAUGUGCCGCAGGGAUGGGAGUUGCCGGAUGUCUGGAAGGAAGAAAAAUCGGGGACGAGGAGUGGCACUGGUGGAUCGGCGCCUUCUUUGGCUACUCCAGCUGAUUCUGCGCCAGCACCAGCGCAUGAGCCUGCUCAAAAUUGGUCAGUGCGAGACAGCGAGGCGGCUCCAGCGGCACAGGAAGAGAAGAACGAGGUGGAAGAUGACGAUGGUGAUGAGCCCGCCGAAGAAGUUUCGCCUGAGGAGAUUCGUCGAAGGCGUCUGGCCCGAUUUGGGUAG